CAAAAUCCCAUUGAGUGAGGAUUUACUCAAUGCUCGAAUGGUCAUGGAGGCGAAGCUACCUAAUUUGCCAAAGAAGGUAUAUGGUAAGGGUAUUGUGGCUGAUUAUGACGCCCAAUUCAACGACCCUGAUUUUCGUAAUGGUAUUGUGACAUGCGCGGCGCUCUCCCUUGAUGGUCACCAUGUAGCUCUUGGUUUUGGUAGCGGUGUCAUCGAACUCGCUGAUAUCGACCAUCAGCACACAAUUUCCCGAUUCCAGCUUGAUCCACCCAACCAUCCAGUCUGGAUCGAAUUUGUCCAUGGCAGCCACCGAGUUGCUGCUGAGGACAAUCAGGGGAACGUCACCAUCCUUAGCCACGAUAUGACUUCCAUUAAUAUCGGUACUCUUCCCAACAAUCCUCUUCCUGCUGUAACUCGAGUAUCAGAUAAUGGAUUAUUUAUCGUACGGGUUCCACGGAACGCUGAUAGUUCUUGGUACGACAGCAUGACCCUCAUAUCCAUUUCAGGUGACCCGCACAUGCAGCACCUUGCACCCCCUACUUCCAAUAGUUUCACUCCAACUUCCAACCCUCCUACUAGGCCCUCUGCAUCCCCAGUGAUCCCUCACCGUCGCACGCUUGGGUUUUCUCCGGGAGCACAUUAUCUCGGCGCUUUUGAUGGCCUCAGUGCUUUCACCUGGUCGACAGGUUCGGGUGAGCUCAUUGCGAGUUAUCAUGUGACAGAUUUCGAGCUUUGGAUCAUGAAUCCUGCUGUUCCCCUCGCCCACUCUUAUCGCAUUCCUGAUCCUGUAUCCACUCAGCCUACCCUUUCCUUGACAGAAGGUGAAGCAGCAGAUGUACAUCAUUCUGAAACACACGCAGGGCAUAACUUGGACGAAUCCUGGAUCAAGUGCCCAUUUUAUGUUAUCUUGACCAAGGAGAACACCAUUUACAUACGGGUGGUGUAUGGAAUCCAUUCAUCCGCAGCCGGAAGAACCCCACUUUUCGGAAUUGGUAUCGGCGAGGAUGGGGUAGAAGUGUACUUCGAUGGCGAACUUGAAUUCUCUAUUCCCGAGUAUCGCCUAGUUGUCUUUUCUGGUGCCGGAGGUCUAGGCGCUUGGUAUGGUGAUCAAGUGCCAUCUGAUCCUACCUAUCUGUACAGCCCUCGGUCCAGCAAAGAUGGGACUCGAAUUCUCUUGCAAGGCCAACAGACAGCUCCAAUUGUCGUUGAUCUUAGUCAGGUCCUUUAGGAUGUUUGUGAUCGAUUGCAAUAUAUUCUUAUUUACCUUGCGCGUUCUAUCCACUAUCAGAGGGGGAAUCGCGAAGCUUCGCUAGGCCGCCCUUCCAUCUUUCUGGACUUCCCUCGGACGAGGUUCCUUUUCCCUAUGGUGCAGUGUGUAUAAAUACGGGCUUGGAGACUUCAACGGAUCUAUGACCAUCCCUUCCUUGCACUGUUGUUUACCCCCAGGCUGGACAACAUGAAUGCUCAUCAGCGUUUGCGACCACAGACUUUUUAAUUUUGCGCUUUCCAUACUUCCUUGAUUCACUUUCACUCCGCAUCAGAAGAAUGAAGGUAUAUAUAUCUAUCUGUCCAUUUAAGCCAACCUGCACCGCUAAAAGGCUUGGCCGAAACGGAUCACUUUGAACGUAUCAAAAAAAUCGGUAUUUCUUUUGCCAAUUUCCACCGUUUCACCCGGCGUUCAUCCAUAAUGUGACAAAGAACCA